AUGAGGUCGACUCCUUAUGAUCCUCCCCACUCUGGACCUUCCAACAAGACUGCUCAGCUCCAGCAGCAGGUCAACGAUGUCGUCGGAAUCAUGCAGCAGAACAUUGACUCUGUCAAAGACCGCGGAGAGAAACUUGACACACUUCACCACAAGACUGCCGAUCUCGAACAGGGUGCGGUUCAGUUCAGGAGGGGUGCCUCGGGAGUGCGUCGCCAGAUGUGGCUCAAGAACAUGAAGUGGCGUAUCGCCAUUAUCCUUGGAGUCAUCCUCCUCCUCGUCAUCAUCAUCGUCCCCAUCGUCAAGUCCAAGUAA